AGGCCCAUGUACGACCAUGCUUUUGCUCAGCUGUCUGGAUUUCACUGUUCAGCAAAGAGGAGUGAAUGGAGCUGCAGAGGAGGACAAGCUUUGGAAUGCAUCUGGCCAUUAAAACAGCGUUUUAUUCAGGGUUGUGCAAGUGCUAGGAGCUGCUUCCCAAAGAGCUGCUGGGCACCGUUCCACUGUAGGAUGCUUCGCAAUGCCCUAGGAAAAACCUUCCGGUUUCUGGGCUACACGGUGCAAUAUGGCUGCAUAGCACACUGUGCCUUUGAGUACCUUGGAGGAAUUGUUGUGUGCUCUGGACCUUCCAUGGAACCAACCAUUCAGAACUCUGAUGUUGUCUUUUCGGAGAACCUCAGCCGCCACUUUUACUGCAUUCGAAAAGGAGAUAUUGUAAUUGUGAAAAGCCCAAAUGACCCCAAAUCAAAUAUCUGUAAAAGAGUAAUUGGCUUGGAAGGGGAUAAAGUCUGCACAAGCAACCCUUCAGAUUUCCUUAAGAGUCACAGCUAUGUGCCUAAAGGACAUGUCUGGUUAGAAGGUGAUAAUCUCAGGAAUUCUACAGAUUCCAGGUGCUACGGACCUGUUCCUUAUGGGCUGAUAAGAGGACGCAUUUGUCUUAAGAUCUGGCCUCUGAAUGACUUUGGAUUUCUACGUGCAAGCCCCAAUGGCCACAGAUUUCUUGAUGAUUAAAAGACUUAAGUACUA